AUGGCCCGACGGGGAAGACUGCCAGGGACACAACCGGAAAGACAACCAAAGAGGGGGCUGGUGCUGGAGGACGGUGGAUUCGGGCAAAUUAAAGGGAGCGAAAAGGGGAAGGAAAGUGACCGCGGCCAAGGCGUGAAGCAGCCUACGUCAACGGAAAGGCAUGGGUGGCUGGGAUGGCUACGCAACAAUGGUGCUGAUAAAGCAGGGGUUGGUACUGGUACGGAAAGCAACAUGGAGUUAGCGACGAAGGAUGAGGAGGAACAACUGGUCAAGAAGGCACUGGAACGGAUACAGCAAGCACAUGCUUCGGGGAAGAAAAAUAUUCGUUUAUCAAAGCGUGAGUACGAGGCCCUGGAGAGAAAGCGGCGGCACGGGAGCGAUUCGCAGGGCCCUCGACGCUCUACCGAAAUGCGGGCAGCCAAACGGAGCCGAGCUGCAGUGAAGGACGUUUCUGGGAACGCGUUGAAACGGCAGAACGAACCUGCUCUGUUGGGGAGACAAAUGACCGCACCGCAUCUUCAAUUCGGUGCACAGGGAAAGUCGGGUGCAUCUGUUGAUCGCCCAUCUCGUGCAGACUUACAGCCAUCGAGUUCUUCGGGUGGAAGGGCACAACCGUCUUCCGCCUAUUUAGAUAUACCUCAAAAACCCAGUCUUCCAUCCUGGCCUCAGUAUCCGCAGGGGUAUCCACCAGAACAGUCUGUGUAUCCCGGUCAAUCGUUUUCUUCACCGUACCAAGCAUUUCCCUAUCCUGUAGCUGACGGUCCUCAUCGGGGGUAUGGAAAAAUGGAUUUCACAUCAUAUCUGGCUGCUCAACCCAUGUACCCGUCUUACAACCCAGCAGACGUCUCAUACACUCUAUGGGAUCAGAAUAUGAUAUCUUCGGCGAUGGUACCUUAUGAUCCGAGUCAGGUAGUCUCAUCUGGUGAACACUACCCUAGCAGCAGUGUGCCGUAUUCCCUUUUCAACCAAAACACUCCCGGCUCUCUGGCGGCAGGACUUCUAGGCCACGAGGGCAAGGGGAAAAAAGCUGAUGGCGGCGAGGCUACAGCCAGUGGCAGCGCCAGCCAAGGCAGUCGUCAGCGCAAGGGGCGUCGCAAAUGA